AUGCUCUGGUCUUGGCACCCUUCUGAUCAUCCACUGAAAUCCCACCAUACACGAAAAUCCAGGACAGACGCAGGGGACAUUGAUUACCCGGGGUCCUCUGCAUCCUCAGAGAUGUCGGCACUGCUUGAGGAGUUGACUGACAGUUUACUUGCUUACCAGGAUCCCAGUUCUCCGGAGUCAUCCACAGAACCAGAUAAAUUCAGUUUCACCUCAGGAUCUGCACAAGAAGCAAACACUGCCUGGAAGCAGCCAGAGAACAUUUUAAUGCUAAAUGGAGAUCAAAUUCAGACAAUCAGUACAAAAGCAACAAAGUCCAUUGUUUCACCCCAGGACUUGAAGAAAGAUCUAACUCGGCACAGACCACUCGCUGAAGUAGUUGUUGGAAAAACUCAGCUUCAGAAACAAAUCUCGGAGGGUGAUGUUGAAGAUUCAAGUAUGAAUGAAGCUUAUUCGGAGAGCGUACCUCUGCAAUCCCAGGCAGACAUAGGUGAGCCUCCAGAACGCCCUGAGCAGUUUGAACCAUCCCGCUUCCAGGUGAAGACCCAAACUCACCAUCCAGAUCAUUCCCAGGCAGAAACUCUAGAUUAUCUUCCACAGCCCCCUGAUCAACAUCAACUCGAUUCUGAGGCAUCAAUGCAUCCUGAGAACAAUGAUCCAUUUCCAAACAGAAAUGAAGCUGAGCACUCAAACUGGCCAAAUGUCACAGCGAAACCCACAGAUCUUGAGAUUACAGUAACUUCAGAGGCAGAAAAAGAGGCCGAAGCCAUUUUGAGUCAGCAGCAGCGGGCUCCAGUCCAGCUUCCAGAGAGUCCUGAGGAGGUAGGACCCUCAUCAGUUCCACAAGAGGCCCCAGGUCAGACCUCAGAUUUUCCUGAAGACCUUGAAACUUCUGGAAGUCAGCUGGAAGUUCCAGCUCUGCCUACAAAGCUCUCCAGAUUCCUCUAUGCAGAAUAUAGUCGAAACUCCAACAUUAAGCGUGCAGAUGUGGAACUUACAGUAACUUCUGAGCCUUCUCCUAGUCAACAGCAGCAGCCAGUUAAAUCUUCUGAGUCUCCUGAGGAAGUUGAAUCUUCUGAACAGUAUCUGGAGUUCCCAGUUCAGCCUCAAGACAAUGCUGAGGAAGUGGAGUCUUUUCCAACACUGCAGGAUGUUAUCCCAUCUCAACAUCCAGGCCCUCUUUUGGAGGAUGAACCUUUUAAUGAACUAGAGCAGCCAACUCAACCUUCUGAAUCUCCAGAGGAAGUGGAAUCAGGUUCUGGAAACCAGCCAGAAGCCUCAUUUCAGCCCGCAGAGCACCCUGAAGUAAUAAAACCUCCAAAUGAGCAAGGGGCUCCACUUCAAACUCCAGAGAUCCCUUUUGUAACAGUCCAACCAGGUCAAGAUGAAGAUCAUUAUAACUUCCUGAAUAUUACAGUUAGGCCUGUGGAUGUGGCACUUACCAUAACUUCACAGCCUACCAAGGAUAUUGAAUCAUCUCUGACCCAGCAGGGGGGAAGACUCAAGCGUAUGCUGAUGAGUUUGAACCUUCUUCAAUGCAGCAGGAACAACCAACCAGCUCAGCCUCCAGAGCUCCCUAAUGAAAUGGUAGUUCAACCUCCAGAACACUGUGAGGUAACAAUUUCUCCUCUUGAUCAAGAUCAAGUUCAACCUCCAAUAUCACACAAUGUCACAGGUGAACCUCCAGAGGUGAUUAAUGAGGGUGAACCUUUGAGAGACCAGCAAGACAUUACAACACAUCAGUCAACCCUCCCUGAAAAGGAUCAGCAUUCUCCAGCCUAUUCAGGGGUUCCAACCCAACCUGAAGAGCAUCCUGAGGAACCUUCUCCAAUUCAGCAGGGGCGCACAGAUGGGCCUUCUAUGAUAGACAGCAUAUUUCUUUUACCUGCAUAUAUAGAAACACUAUUCAGAGCUAAACAUUCAAAGUUGAAUAAAACCACAGGUAAACACGUGGAUUUAGGAGUUACCAUAACUCCAGAGCCUUCUAUGGAGGUUGGGCCUAAAAUCAUUCUUAAGGAGGAAAUAGCUCAGCCUAUAAAUCCCACUGAACAAGUUGAUUUUUCUCCAUUGUACUGUGACUUUCUUCCCGUGCCUCCAGAUUUCUCUGAAAUUGAAUCUCUGGCUCAUCAAGAGGCCAUAACUCAGACAAUGGCCAUCCCUGAAAAAGAUAUUUUUUUAAAGCUCAGCAUGACAGCUCAAAAUUACCCACACAUCCCAUUCUGGGUAUAGAAUGUUUUCCAGCUCAGCAAAUGACUCCAGAGCCUCUGAACAAUGCUGUAAUUCAGCCUCCAACAUAUGAGAUGAUAGUUGCAGAACCAGGCCAUCAAGCUGAGUAUCUAAAAUCAACUGGUGUCUCAGUUCAUCCUUUGGAUCUGGCAAUCACUGUAACUUCAAAACUUAUUCCAGAGGCUAAGCAUUCCAGAGGCUAACUUAUUCCAGAGAC